AUGAGAGCUGAGGAACAGAAGGGAAAAACAGUUGGGUGUUGCUUCUUCUGCUUCAGUCUGAGGCAGUGGCUGGUGAAGGCUGACAGCAGUACUCAGCAGAAGGAAGCAGACAAUCAGACGGCAGCUUCUCCUCAAACAUCACAUCUGUUCUACGACAAACUUCCUGCUGACGUUUGUUGUAUGAUGGCGGCGGCCGACGAGGCGUUGGAACAAAUGUACUCAUGGAUCGAGCAGAAGGAGCUUAGCGCCAAGAAGCUGCAGAAAGUAGCCGACGAGCUGGAGGCUCUGAGAGAUAAGUGCAAUAUGUUUGUGGUGGCGGGCAGCACAACGGCGGUGGUGGGAUUUGUGUCCGUGAUGGCAGUGGUCGUGGCCAUGCUUUCUACGGGUGGUCUCGCCGCUCCAGGUCUGGUCAUUGCAGGACUUAUGUGUUCUGGUGUUGGCACCGCCAUAACUCUGGGGACCAAGAUCACCAAACACAUCUCAUCCUCCAGCACCUUGAAAGAAGCAACGAAAAUAGAAAAGAAGUGCAACCGUAAGGCAGAAAAACUCCAGCAGCUGUUUGAGGAGCUGAAGGCCCAGAGUACAUUCACAGAUCCAGACCAAAACGACCAGUACGUCUUAAAGGAACUGUUGGAAGCCAUGGCCAGAAGAAGUGGACUGACCGACAUCAACCCCUCCUUUCUACUUGACGACCACAGCUUUAACUUUGGUGGACAACACACAUCCGUGGAUGCCAGCCCAGUGUUGAAGAUGCCCACUAUCGCUGAAUUCGUGUGUGUUCUGAGCUUUUUCUCCUGUGAACCCAGUGGUAAAAAUCUAAACCUGUUACUGGCCACAGGCUCCAUGAAGCUCACCCAGAAGUUAUCGGCCAUUGGAUUGAAAACAGCCGUAAAAGGAGGUGCAAUGGUUGUGGGCGGAGCUCUUGGACUGGUAUUUUCACUUCCUGAAGAGAUUGAAUCCUGGAAAAAGCUCACAACGAAAAGCCAUGUGACCAAAGCCAGUGAAUCCCUGAGGAAAACCGCAGAGUCAUUACUGAACGCAACUCAAGCAAUGAAGCAUGAGCUGAAUGAAGUCGAAAAAACUUUUGACAGGUUGAGGAAAGUGAAGUUGUGCAUUGAAAAUCCCCAGAGGACCUUGGCCGACAAAGCGACGCUGAUCAACUUUGCGAUCGAUCUUUGCAACAAUGAAGAAUUCAAACAAUGGCUAAGAGAAAACUCUGAGUCUGAGGCGUUCUUCAUUUGCGUGGACAUUUUCAAUCUGGUGGAAAAAGAGAUAAAGAAAUAUGAUGAAGCGGAGAAGAAAAAGAAGAAGAUACCCGAGGGUGAAAUUGACGUAGUGUUCGUGGCCCAUGGACUCAUCACUGAAGCUCUGAUCUCACCCAGCUACUUCCUUUCUCGCAGCAUUAACGAUGUUCUCCUGUAUUCUCCAUGGAAUUGCCUCAUCAACAGUUACACAGCGUAUGGUAUCGCAUCAGGAAGAAUUCUGCCUCAGCACCGUGAGUUCUACUGCAGAGACAACAGAUCUUUAACACGACACAACCGGUGUUUAAUACCUGAUUCCGGCCACCAACCGACCAGACUGCCCAAUGACUGGAACAGGAUGACGAAUGCCAGAGAUGGAUCAAUACCAAACAUCAUGGUCCGCUCUUUUGAAAAACCCUCCGACGGUGCCUGGGAGGCCUUCACAUUCCUCAGAGAUGCAUUCGGCAUUCCAGACACAAGGCGGGUGAUCAUCCCAUUCAUGCUGCCUGGAAAUGUGGAAGUCACGUUGCCCUUCUUCAUGGUCACCUUGGCUCUGUCCGUCGUCCUCUCCCUCACCAAUCUCAAGGCCACUGUCCAUCUCUCAGCUUGUCUCGAAAAAAUAUCAGAGGACACUGAGCUCGAUGUAAACUUUCUGAUCAGUCAGUAUUCAUACACGAUUGACAAAACAUUCAUGUCAUGUUCACCAGACGUGUUUGACACAGAAGAUCAAGAAACAUACCGACUUCUGAGAGUGGUGUUCGAUUAGGGUCACUCUGAGGGGGUUUAUUCCAUAAACUGUUCAAAUUACUGCAAAAAAUACAAACGAACAAAAAACACAAAGCAACUACAUAUUGUAGGAAAUUGUAAUCAGAACUGACUUUAACUGGAAGUCGACACAAAUACAAACCCAGACAAUAAUUUCUUCAACAAGCUGACAAAUCACUGCAAGUAUUAAACAGAUGAUAGAUUUAGCCGUAAAGUAAAAGUAGAAAACAGUGUAACAGUGGUUCACUUCACUAGUAGAAGUUUGAAAACUUUCAAACUAUUCAAGAAUAUGUAAGACAGUUUAAUAAACCUUUCAGUGUCAUUGUAAUAUCAGAGACCUGGAUAACCCCUGGAAAGAGUGGAGAUUUUGAAUGAGGUGGAUAUGAAUUCCUUCAUUCAGACAGAAUAAAUAUAAAAGGUGACGGGUGGCGCUGUUCAUUAAAACCCUUUCACGACGAUUGUUGCUCCGGCGCUACAGUUUGCGCUUUACGGCAUUCAGAUUAUCGUAACUCUCUGAACCGUUUGCGAUAUCCACAAAAUUCAAAUGAAAAGCUGAGAUUCUGAGCUUUCCAACGUUAUAUAACAGUUUACGGUAGAGGCCUAAAAUAGCCUGUGGGGGAGGGGUGGAAGAGAACUGAGCAGUAGUGAUGUUCGAUACAAUGGAUUUCCUUUCUGAUCCGAUACCGAGUAAAAUUCAGGCUGGUAUCAGCUAGGGCUGCACGAUAUUGG